AUGGUAAAAGCUCUAGCAACUCGGCCCGCACUCCAGGCUCCCUACCCCCGGCCCACAGCCCGGGACCCGCUAAAGGGCAUCCAAGUCACGAGCGGAGGUCGGGACAGCGAAGCGGUCCGGAAGUUUGACCGAGAGGCCGGCGAGCAGCGGCCCCGCCUCCACGGGCAGUCCGCCGAGCGUGUAGGCCGCGCAGGCUCCUCCGCAGCCGGCAAGAUGGUGCCAGCCUUCCCGACGCGGAUGGAGGCGAUCACCCGCUCGGCCGCCGUCCGCGCCGCCGACACACCCGUCCUGCCGCGACAACAGGGCGCCGCCCCCGCCCGCCAGCACGCCACGCCCGGCCCAAGCCCGCUGCGGCCCAAGGCCCAGGAGGCCCCGCCUCUCCGCGCACGCCCCGCCCCAGGCCCGCCCCCCGGAGCCGCCCGCCAUGCGGGCCGCGGUUGGCCGGCCAAGAUGGCGGUGCAGGUGGUGCAGGCCGUUCAUCUAGAGUCCGACGCCUUCCUGGUGUGCCUCAACCAUGCUCUGAGCACCGAGAAGGAGGAAGUGAUGGGGCUGUGCAUCGGGGAGUUAAAUGAUGACACAAGGAGUGAGUCUAAGGUCACAUAUGCUGCAAAUGAAUUACGACCAGUUGUUGAAAAGGUUGACUCUGUGAAAAUUAUUCACAUUCAUUCUGUCAUCAUUUUGCGGCGUUCUGACAAAAGGAAGGAUCGGGUAGAAAUUUCUCCAGAGCAGCUGUCUGCAGCUUCAACAGAGGCAGAGAGGUUGGCUGAAAUCACAGGUCGCCCCAUGAGAGUUGUGGGCUGGUAUCACUCCCAUCCUCAUAUAACUGUUUGGCCUUCACAUGUUGAUGUUCGCACACAAGCCAUGUACCAGAUGAUGGAUCAAGGCUUUGUGGGACUGAUUUUUUCCUGUUUCAUAGAAGAUAAAAACACAAAGACUGGCCGGGUGCUGUACACUUGCUUCCAAUCUAUACAGGCCCAAAAGAGCUCAGAGUCCCCUCAUGGUUCACAAGACUUUUGGAGCUCCGGCCAGCACAUCUCCACUGAGGGCCAGAAGGAAGAGGAAAGGUAUGAAAGAAUUGAAAUUCCAAUCCAUAUUGUACCUCAUGUCACCAUUGGGAAAGUGUGCCUUGAAUCAGCAGUAGAACUGCCUAAGAUCCUGUGCCAGGAAGAGCAGGAUGCAUACAGGAGGAUCCACAGCCUUACACAUCUGGACUCGGUAACCAAAAUCCAUAAUGGUUCAGUAUUUACUAAGAACCUGUGCAGCCAGAUGUCAGCUGUCAGUGGACCUCUCCUACAAUGGUUGGAGGACAGACUGGAGCAAAACCAACAGCAUUUGCAAGAGUUGCAACAAGAAAAGGAAGAACUUAUGCAAGAGCUUUCUUCCCUAGAAUAA